UGAACCAACCCAGGAUGUUGAGGGUAGGGCCGUGGCAGAGCCAGCCGUACUCCUAAGUGCUGCGGGUCUCUGCUGCUCGGGGCUCCGCGGAGCGACACACCGGCAGAGCAACCAAACGGCGGAUCCUUCCUUGAUAUGGAUUGGUCAGCGAUGCGUCUGUUGUUUCCUCCCGGUGUUGCUGGCAUGACCUUUUCCCUUGGCAACCACUUCCUCCCAUCUCCGUCUACGGCCAUCUUUAAAUGAUGAGGAAGAAGCAGACCGUCAGACAGAGGAAGCCCGAGGAGACUACGAUGGUCCAGGAAUUUCUAGUUGAAAAAAUAAUUCGUCGCCGAGUCUUCAACGGAAGGGUGGAAUAUUUCCUCAAGUGGAAAGGCUUUACAGAUGCUGACAAUACUUGGGAACCACAGGAUAAUCUGGACUGUCCUGAACUCAUUGAUGAGUUUCUCAGAAACAUGCGCCUUUCUGACAACGAAGAAGAACAACCUCAAGAAUUCAUACUCAAUGAGGAAUUGUCAGAGCAGGAGGCAGAAAUUUGCUCGCAGUACAGGGAGCAGAGUGACGUUGUUCUGGACUUCCAGAAGAGGGAUGUGACAGGGGCUGGCCUGGACCUGGACCCAGACCUGGAGCUGGACCUGAACCGGGAGCCCGAGUGCAUCAUCGGCUCCACAGACCAACACGGAGAACUCAUGUUCCUGGUCAAAUGGAAAACCUCUGUGUCUCUGCUGGCGGCGCGCGAAGCCAGCGCCAGGUGUCCUCAGGCCGUGGUGGACUUCUACCAACGGAGGCUCAACUGGCACUCUGGAGACGAGGACCAGUAAAGUGUGUGUGUGUGUGUGUGUGUGAGACAAAAAAACCUAGUAGAGGUGGGUAUAAAGUAUCCCAAGGUGCUCAGGAUACUUGCCUGCUCGCACCAAUUAUGGUACAAGCAGGCAUUGGCAACUUGUUUUCCUGACGUGGGUAUUGAAAGCGAAAGAUCGGCAAAGGCACUUGUCACUGCUUCUCCCAAUCAGUGCGGCUCUAAUAGGAAGAUGGAACUCUAACUGCUGUCAUAACUCUCCUUAAACAACCUCUUGUUGUAGCUAGAGCAGCUGCUUGGAGGAAGGCGUGUUAGAACAUGUGUUUUAGUCAAGGUUAGUGCGUGUGUGUUUUAUUCUUUAUACUUUACUGUCAUUGUAAAUCUCCAAUGGUUGAAGAUUUAUGGGAGAACACGUUGUUAACACCUGUUUUUAUGUUGGUUGGUUUUUGAUUAUACAUUAUUUACCAAACUAUGUUUGCACCUUGAAUAGAUCUUUGAUGUAAACCACCAAUUGUUUUAUUUUUCUAUGGAUUAUUCUGUCCAAUAUUUUCUCCGUAACGUAUGCCAUGUCAUUUACUCUUCAUGUAGGCAUCAUACCAGCCUUAGCUGUUUGUUAUGUAGUCGGAAACAUGAAGAACAACUCACAAUGUACUUAAUUGUGCACCUGAACUGGCUGACUAGAUUCUUUAAAUGUAGCACUUUAGAAGGCCUGACCAUCAGGGAACAUGGUCUUUGAGUGGUUGAACACCACCAUGUUAAAACAGCUGAAAUCCUCCUGCUGGCAGCACCUUACCUUUACCUAGAUCCAUGAAUGAUGGGACAGGACCAUGAACCUUAUGAACACACUACUGAGUUAUUGUAACCAUCGAUCAAGGUUUGGUGGAGGACAUGAAUAAAAUACACUUUUAAUGACCCUUUA